GAUUUACCACUUUUGUGAGGAAAAAAAACAUAGAUAACCAAAGUACCACUGCAUCUUCAGAAUUCCAUAUACGCGGUUGAUGGCAAACAAUAAGUUUUAGUCCUCAAUCUGAUUAACAUCAAGGUGAAAUGAGAAUGUAACUUUAUGAGCGGAUGCCGCCGGAGCUUGUUGACUGUUGACUCGCGCAGGAGCGUGUGUUUGCGCGCUGUGUCAGAUGAGUGGGCUGGUCUUCAGAGAGAGACACUUCACAGCAGCCCGACUCUCACUUCACUCUCAGUCUCUACAGAGGAGAACAGCAGGAGAACCACUCAGGAUACCCGCUAAGACGAGACACCAACUUUGGGACGGGAGAAACAGAGCCGGACCCGACUGAAGGAAUCUAAGCAGGAACAACUUCGGCGCGCUUUCUCCAACAAACACCCUGCCUUUCCACCUGGCGUCCUCAGACAAGUUUGCUCUGCUGGAAGACAAAUAACAGUCCUGUCAAGACACUUUCGCACUGGAGUGAUUUAACCCGAAAGAACAAGGAUGACGUUGAUGUGUGGAUGUUAUGGUUUGGCGUUGCUGGUCUUGGGGGUGAUGGGACAGAAACUGCCCACGCGUGAUGAAGGCCUCUUUCAGAUGCAGAUCAGGGAUAAAGCUCUGUUUCACGACUCUUCUGUCUUGCCAGAUGGAGCUGAGAUCAGCGGAUACCUGUUCAGAGAUACACCGAAAAGGUACUAUUUUGUGGUGGAGGAAGACAACACUCCUCUGUUGGUGACGGUGACACCUUGCGAUGCUCCUCUUGAGUGGAGAUUGACGUUGCAGGAGCUCCCAGAGGAACGCAGCGGGGAAGGAUCAGGUGAGCCAGAACCUCUAGAGCAGCAGAAACAGCAGGUCACGGCUAAUGAGGGGACCGAACUCUUUACCUACAAAGGAAAUGACGUUGAGUCGUUCAUCUCCACAAGCUCCCCUUCGGGCUUGUACCAGCUGGAAAUCAUCUCCACCGAAAAGGACAGCAACUUCAAGAUGUACUCUACCACAACUCCUGAGUCCGAUCAGCCAUACCCGGAGCUGCCUUAUGACCCCAGGGUUGAUGUUACUGCACUGGGUCGUACUACUGUCACGCUGGCCUGGAAACCCACUCCUACUGGCUCCAUCAUGGGCCAGCCAAUCCAGUACUGUGUGGUUAUUAACAAGGAGCACAACUUCAAAAGCUUAUGUGCAGCCGAGGCCAAGAUGAGCUUGGAUGAUGCCUUCAUGAUUGCUCCAAAACCCGGUCGGGAUUUCAGCCCCUUUGACUUUGCUCAUUUUGGUUUUGUCCCAUCUGAGAAUGAUUUCAAGGAUCGUUCCCUCACCACCAACAGAGCUCUGAGCAACAAGAUGAGUCGCACAUAUAUCCCCAAGCCCAAAGUGGCAGACAUACAGAAGAUCUGCAUAGGCAACAAGAAUAUUUUUACCGUGACAGAUCUAAAGCCAGACACGCAGUAUUACUUUGAUGUGUUUGCCGUCAACACUGGCACCAACAUGAGUACUGCGUACGUGGGCACAUUUGCCCGCACCAAGGAAGAAGCCAAGCAGAAGACUGUGGAGCUCAAGGAUGGGAAAGUAACCGACGUCUUCAUUAAGAGGAAAGGCAGCAAAUUCCUUCGCUUUGCGCCGGUCUCCUCUCACCAGCGCGUCACACUCUUUGUCCAUGCCUGUCUGGACGCAGUGCAAGUUCAGGUGCGGCGUGACGGGAAGCUUGUUCUCUCUCAGAAUGUGGAGGGUGUCCGUCAGUUCCAGCUCCGAGGGAAGCCCAAAGCCAAGUACCUGAUUCGUCUGCGGGGAUCCCGCAAGGGUGCCUCCACCUUGAAGGUACUCGCCAGCACACGUGCCGGAGGCAAGCAACCUUUCCCUGCCCUACCCGAGGAUACCCGCAUCAAGGCUUUCGAUAAGUUGCGUACCUGUUCCUCCGUCACAGUGGCUUGGCUUGGCACACAGGAGCGCAACAAAUACUGUGUUUACAGACGUGAAGUUUCUGAAAGCUAUGGCGAAGAGCAUCGGCGCAGAGAGCAGAACCAGUGCGCUGGACCAGAGAGCCGUCGCAAGUCAGAGAAAGUGCUUUGCAAGUACUUCCACAGCGCCAACCUGCAAAAGGCCGUCACUACCGAGACCAUAAUGGGCCUCGAGGCAGGAAAGAGCUACCUCCUGGAUGUUUAUGUGGUGGGACACAGCGGCCACUCAGUCAAGUACCAGAGCAAACUGGUGAAAACAAGGAAGUACUGUUAAAAAAACUCCGAAGCACAGACUCUGCACAGAAGUAAAUAUAUUAUAUAUAUAAUGAGAAAAAAAGAAGUUUUAUUUAACUCGAAGUGAUAUUCUACUAAGGAGAGUUUUGCAGACUGACUACUUGCGCACAAUGCUAAUGCUAACGCUGCAUGUGUCGCGGUGACCGAACUGCCUGUAGAGUGAGAUAUCAACCUCUGUAUUUAUGUUUACAUUACCGAGUCGAGUCGAGUCUGGCGCUCUCAGGCGACCUUAGGCACCUGAAGGUUUGUUCUCAGGGGGUGCCAUCGCUGUUGCUACGCAAAGAGUCCCUGUACUGCAUCCUCAAUGCCGUGGAAAUGGGAGUUUGGAGGAGUUGCAGUUCUCUUUUAGCCACUGCAUGCACCAUUUGUCUGCCUUAUGUCUACGUUCGAUUUGUUUGUUCGUUUUGGUUUUUACGCCAGCCAUCACAGAGGUAGCUCCAUGACUCCUUCUCUCCGCUCUCCUGCCCUGUAUUAAAAACACGGUGUAGAAGACUUUUUAAAUUAUUUCAUACUUCUUAAUGUUUUAUUUUUUUAACUGUUAUUUUUUUUGUUAUUGACAACAGUUAUUAGUGAUAAAAAUGUGUUUUAAAUCUAUAUGAAAGUCAGCGUUGUUGAACCCACUGUCAGUUUGUGUGUGUAUAAUCUCAGUUUGUGAAUCUGGUGUGUGUAAAAGUAUCUCAUCUCUGUGUCACAUGUACAGAUUUUCUCUGCCAAUAUUCAUGUACAUAAAACACUAAAUAUAGACAUCUGUAA